UGUGCUCUUGCUGAACAAAUUAUGCACCGUAAAAACGUCUCAUAGGUCUCAAAUGAUUCCUAAAAAAUUUCUCAAAUACAUCAUUGUCAGUUCAACUACAUGCAUUGCCGGUCACUCCCUUUAAAUCCAAAUUUUAAUGUUGAAAUUUGUAAAUAAAAAACAUUUGUGAUUACGCCAAGUGAAUUUGUUAAGAAAUAAAUGGAAUAAUCAUGCACUUUGAAUUAACAAGUGAGACAAAUUUUGAUUUUAUUUUUAUAUUUUCAGAUUCUUUCACUCUAAAAAUGAGCCCAAAAUCUGUUCUGAUAACCGGUUGUAACAGAGGAAUCGGCUUAGAACUAGUUAAGCAGUUUCUCGCGUUAGGCUCUCCACCACAGCACAUCUUUGCCACCUUUAGAACUAUGUCAGAUGAGCUGAAAAAGCUUGGGGAUGAGAAUAAGAACGUCUAUCUCCUGAAAAUGGAUAUCACUGAUAUCCCUUCUUACCAUUCAAUUGUAAAACAGGUUGAAGAGGUUGUAGGAGAGGCUGGAUUAAACCUCCUGAUCAACAAUGCCGGCCUUUUGCCGACCAACCGGGAUCUAGCCUCUGUCACGCCGGAGGACAUGCGUCAAGCCUUUGAGGUCAACUGUGUGGCUCCUCUUUUCUUCACCAAGGAAAUGUUCCCGCUUAUCGAGAAGGCUGGAAAAGCGAGCGGGGAGACAGGACGGAGUUUGUCUAAGGCUGGUGUUGUACAGAUGUCGACUGCUGUUGCGAGUAUCGCUGAGAACACUGGUGGUGGACUAUACGCGUAUAGAUGUUCUAAGUCUGCUCUGAAUAUGAGUAUGAAAAGUAUGUCCCAGGAUUUGAAGGAUACUGGAGUACUAAUCCUUGCAAUGCAUCCUGGCUGGGUUCUCACUGAUAUGGGAGGUCCUAAUGCCUUGAUCACUACUGAAGUUUGUUGUAAGACAAUGCUUGAAACUUUUGAAUCCCUGUCCGAUAAGGAUCACGGAACUUUUCUGAGAUACAACAAUACUCCAAUCCCCUGGUAAACGUAGAAGACGAUAUUCCUUCUGCGACAGCAUUAUGAUGUACAAUGUACAGUACACUUAAAGUGUACACUGUACACAGAACUAUACCCAGUGUACACACCUUAUUCUACACUCCGUACUGAAUAGUGCAAGUUUAAAAAAUAACUUGAUGUAGUUAUUUUCUCUAAAUAUACAAACAUUUAACAUUUUUA